AUUGCAAGAUGCAGGAGUACCGCGAUAACAACGUUUUCCGUUGUACAUAUUAGGCGCGCCUCGCCGUCUUCGUUGUAAUGCAGAUCGACCAGCGAAGCCCAGGAACGACCAGUCGCUGUUCUGCCGUGGUAGCCACAGGCACGUGACCGGGUUAUACCCUCGUGAGUGGUCGUCGGCGAGCAGUGACCGCGACAUCCAAACGCUCGCGAUGGCCCUGAAGCGCAUCAAGAAGGAGCUGGAGGACAUCAGCCGGGACCCACCGGCCAACUGUUCGGCGGGCCCCGUCGACCAUGCGGACCUGUUCAACUGGCAGGCUACCAUCAUGGGCCCGACAGAGAGCCCCUUCGAAGGGGGAGUGUUCAGGCUGAACAUCGUCUUCCCCAAGGACUACCCGUUCAAGCCGCCCAAGGUGAGCUUCGUGACCAAAAUAUACCACCCGAACAUCAGCACGCACGGCGACAUCUGCCUGGACAUCCUCAAGUCGCAGUGGUCGCCGGCCCUGUCCAUCGCCAAGGUGCUGCUGUCCAUCUGCGUGCUCAUGUGCGACCCGAACCCGGACGACCCGCUGAUGCCUCGCGUGGCGUCCGUCUACAAGAACAACCGCAGCCUGUACGAGGCGACCGCUAGGGAGUGGACGAGGACGUACGCCAUGGAGUAGGGAUGCCACUU